AUUCUUCCUUGCUGUGUAUCCCUCCUUCCUGAAAUGAAUGGGACCCACAAGACUCCCAGAAGGUGAAGUCAAGGGCUCUCAGACUCAUAAGGUUAUUAGGACACCAGACUGGCACCCCAGAGGAGAACUUUACAAAGACUUGCAACACACCAACAAGUUGGAAGAGGAUUAAAAACAACCUUCAACACUCACCAACCCCAGGCACAGAGCUGGGGGGAAUAUUCUGACCUGCACAGGCAGACUGGAGGCUGGAUGGGGAGCUGGCUGAGGAGGACAUCUGGAAAGUGAAGGCUAAGUACCAGCUGGCUUUUUUGUGCCCCUCCUAGAUUCUUUUUUUUUUUUUUUUGCCUUUUUAGAUAGUAAGCAUCAAAUUCUGUGUCUCCGUAUACCAGUUUUUCUAGCAAUUUGUUGGAAGCUGAAUGUAUUUGAGGUUAAAGACGACAAAGAAAAGGUAACUCCCAGGGAAGGAAGGAGGAUAAAGAAAAGAACAUUGGAGGCUAAGAUUCUUUUUAGUGACUUCAGGUAGUGAGUGGUAUGUGGGUGCACAAGUGUGUAUUUGAGAAGAUUUGGCUCCUGCCCACGUGUCCCCCUUCCAGUGUCAACGAGGGGAGGAGCUAUUGAAGAAGGGAAAAAAGAAAAAGAAAGAAACCUGAGCUCUCUGGAAGAAAUUCAAAGGAACCCAGAGAAAUGGACUUCAUUCUUCAAGGACUGAACUAGAACAAGGAGAGAGAGAGAGGUCAGGGAGAGGUUGGGGGACACACAUAGAGGACAGGAGGGGGACAGAGGCUACGCAGUCACCGCACCCAGCUCAGGUAGCCAGGAGAGGUGCUUUUUGGGGGCUGCUUGAAAAAGUUUGGUUCCUGAACAAAACAGUUUGCCAGGGGACAGCGAAUCCACAGCUAGCUGUCUCUUCCUCUUAUCCCCAUCACCCCGGCGUGGUACUCAGAAGCUGACUUCUGGUUCUAUAUAAAGAGCCGGGGGGAGGUAUGAUGUGCUUCAAGAUUCUGAGGGUGAGCCUGGUAGUUCUGGUUGGGUGGGCGCUCAGUACUGUCAGCUCGGAGCUGGGCUGGAUGCGCAAGAGAUCCUUGGCCCAAAGAGGACGCCUGAGCCAGGUGCUGUCGGAAGGAGAGCGCUGUUGGCUGGGGGUCAAGGUUCGGAGACCCAGAGUUGCUCCUGAGCAUCACCUCUUUGGGGUCUAUCCCAGCCGGCCUGGGGACUACCUGAGGCCCUACCUUGCAGGAGAUCAGGGAAGGCAUCAUGCAGGACGCAGUAAGCUGGAUGCCGAGGGAAUGGCUGUGAGCUCUGUCCCCCCAGACCCAACUGCAAGUGCAAGAGUGAGGAGUGAGGCUGAGCGGCCAGCCGCUCCAUGGGGAGGGGACAGUCCUAUUGGGCAGUCGGAGCUACUGGGAUAUGAUGACACUUAUCUUGGCGAUGGAGGAUCCAAGGAGCCUCUAGGUGAGGCUGGGGCUCCAGAAGGCACAGCCUCGGCUGCCACCAUGAUCACCACCUUCCCAUGCCCAAAGGAAUCUGGACCAGAGACCCAAAGGAAGGGCUGGACCAAGACCAGGCGUCGGCGCCAGGUGGUGAAGGGACAGGCAGGAGGAAUGCGGGGAGACCCCAAGUUUGUGCCCUGGCACUUCCAGCCUUGGCCUAAACAUCCCCUCAUGCCUAGGGUCCGAACCGGCCCAUCAGAGGGUGGCAUCCGGAAUGGUGGAGGGGACCCCGCCUGGGAAGCAGAGACUGUGAGCCCCCAAGAAAGACUGCCUGUCUUGUACUUCUCUGGGAGGCGGGAGCCGCUGCUGCUGCGUCCAGAAGUGCUGGCUGACAUUCCCCGGGAGGCGUUCACAGUGGAAGCCUGGGUGAGACCGGAGGGAGGCCAGAACAGCCCAGCCAUCAUCGCAGGUGUGUUUGAUAACUGCUCCCACACUAUCAGUGACAAGGGCUGGGCCCUGGGGAUCCGCUCAGGGAAGGAUGUGGGAAGGCGAGAUGCUCGCUUCUUCUUCUCUCUCCGCACCGACCGAGUGAAGAAAGCCACCACUGUGAUGGGCCACAGUCGCUACCAGCCGGGCAAGUGGACGCACGUGGCAGCCACUUACGAUGGACAGCGCAUGGCCUUGUAUGUGGAUGGCACUCAGGUGGCUAGUAGUCCAGAUCAGUCUGGCCCCCUGAACAGCCCCUUCAUGGCAUCUUGUCGCUCUUUGCUCCUCGGGGGGGAUAGCUCGGAGAACGGGCACUCUUUCCGUGGACACCUGGGCACACUGGUCUUCUGGUCAACAGCCCUCCCACAGAGCCACCUUCAGCACAGUCCUCAGCAGCCACUGGAGGUGGAGGAUUUGACCACCCUGCUACUGACCGCCAGUUUUGAGCCCCUGGAAGAACAGUGGGCCCCCUUUAGAGACGGGAAGUACCCACGGCUUGAGGUUCUCCAGGGCUUUGAGUCAGAGCCUGAGGUUCUGUCCCCUCUGCAGCCGCCGCUCUGUGGGCAGACAGCAUGUGACAACGUGGAACUGAUAUCUCAGUACAAUGGGCACUGGCCCCUCCGGGGAGAGAAGGUGAUCCGCUACCAGGUGGUGAACAUCUGUGACGACGAGGGUCUGAACCCCACGGUGAGUGAGGAGCAGAUCCGUCGGCAGCAUGAGGUGCUCAACGAAGCCUUCGGCCGCUACAACAUCAGCUGGCAGCUGAGCAUCCACCACGUCCACAACUCCACCCUGCGCCACCGCGUCGUGCUGGUGAACUGUGAGCCCAGCAAAAUCGGCAACGACCACUGUGACCCCGAGUGUGAGCACCCACUCACGGGCUACGACGGGGGCGACUGCCGCCUGCAGGGCCGGUGCUACUCCUGGAACCGCAGGGAUGGGCUCUGCCACGUGGAGUGCAACAACAUGCUGAACGACUUCGACGACGGCGACUGCUGUGACCCAGACACGGCUGAGGUGCGCAAGACCUGCUUCGACCCUGACUCACCCAGGAGGGCAUACAUGAGUGUGAAGGAGCUGAAGGAGGCACUGCAGCUCAACAGCACCCACUUCCUCAACGUCUACUUCGCCAGCUCAGUAAGAGAAGACCUCGCAGGCGCCGCCACCUGGCCUUGGGACAAGGAAGCCAUCAGUCACCUGGGUGGUGUUGUCCUCAACCCAGCCUAUUAUGGCAUGCCUGGCCACACCAACAUCAUGAUCCAUGAGGUGGGGCAUGUCCUGGGGCUCUACCAUGUCUUCAAAGGGGUCAGUGAGAGAGAAUCCUGCGAUGACCCCUGCAGGGAGACCGUGCCGUCCAUGGAGACAGGAGACCUCUGCGCCGACACUGCCCCCACUCCCAAGAGUAAGCUGUGCCAGGACCCAGAGCCUGCCAAUGACACCUGUGGCUUCACCCACUUCCCAGGGGCUCCAUUCAGCAACUACAUGAGUUAUACAGAUGAUGCCUGCACUGACAGCUUCACCCCCAACCAAGUGGCCCGAAUGCACUGCUAUCUGGACCUUGUUUAUCAGCAGUGGAGCCAGAGCCGGAAGCCCACCCCCAUCCCCAUCCCCCCCGUGGUCAUCGGGCAGACUCCCAAGUCCCUCACUAUCCACUGGCUGCCUCCAAUUAGUGGCGUUGUGUAUGACAGGGUCCCGGGCAGCGUGUGUGGUGCCUGCACUGAAGAUGGGACGUUCCGUCAGUAUGUGCACACAGCUUCCUCCCGGCGCGUGUGUGACUCCUCAGGUUACUGGACUCCAGAGGAGGCUGUGGGCCCUCCAGACGUGGAUCAACCUUGUGAGCCGAGUUUGCAGGCCUGGAGUCCCGAGCUCCACCUAUACCACAUGAACAUGACGGUCCCCUGCCCUGCGGAAGGCUGUAGCCUGGAGCUGCUCUUUCAGCACCCGGUUCAAGCUGACACUCUCACCCUAUGGGUCACCUACCUCUCCAUGGACUCCUCCCCAGCGCUCUUUGACACGGAGAUCUUGCUGGAACACCAGAAGUCUGUGCACUUGGGCCCUUUGGACACUUUCUGUGAUGUACCGCUCACUAUCAAGCUGCAUGUUGAUGGGAAGGUCGUGGGGGUGAAAGUCUACACCUUUGAUGAGCGGAUGGAGAUUGAUGCAGCUCUCCUGACUUCUCAACCCCACAGUCCGUUGUGUUCUGGCUGCAGGCCUGUGAGGUACCAGGUUCUCCGUGAGCCCCCAUUUGCCAGUGGCUUGCCUGUGGUGGUGAUGCAUCCUCAGCGGAAGUUCACAGACAUGGAGGUCAUGCCUGGGCAGAUGUACCGGUACCAAGUUCAAGCUGCAGCUGGAGCAGAACUGGGAGAAGCUUCACCUCCUCUGAGCCACAUCCAUGGAGCUCCUUACUGUGGAGAUGGGAAGGUUGCAAGGAACCUGGGAGAAGAGUGUGAUGAUGGAGACCUUUUGAAUGGAGACGGCUGCUCAAGGGCAUGUGAAUUAGAGGAAGGUUUCAACUGUGUAGGGGAACCAAGCCUGUGCUAUAUAUAUGAGGGAGAUGGAAUAUGUGAGCCUUUUGAAAAGGAAACCAGCAUUGUAGACUGUGGCCUCUAUACUCCCAGAGGAUAUCUGGAUCAGUGGGCUACCCAAGCUUUUUCUUCUCAUGAAGACAAGAAGAAAUGUCCUGUUUCCUUGGUCACUGGAGCACCUCAUUCCAUGGUUUGCACAUCAUACCAUCCAGAUUUACCAGAGCACCAUCCCCUAAUUGGCUGGUUUCCCUGCGUCCCCAGUGGAAAUAGACCUGAAGAUGAAGGGAGUAAGCAGCCAAAAGGUAGCCUGCAGAGAGAGGAUGAGGUUUGGCUCAAAGUUUGUUUCAAUAGACCAGGAGUGGCCACAGCAAUUUUCAUUUUCUUGGCAUCUGAUGGCCUGGUACCUGGGGAACGUCAGCGGCCAACAGUGACCCUUUACCUGACCGAUGUCAGUGGAAACAACCACUCUCUUGGAACCUAUGAACUGUCAUGCCAGCAUAACCCACUGGUUAUCAACAUAACUCAUCACUCAAACGUCCUCUUCCACCAUGCCACAUCAGUGCUGCUGAAUUUCUCAACCCCGUUGGUGGGCAUCUCGGCAGUGGCUCUAAGGACAUCCUCUGACAUAAGUCCUUCGGCUCCCAACAGCUGCAUCAUCCCAGAGCACCAGGGGAAAAAUCAUCAGGGACAAAGCUGUGUCCAUCGGCCCUGUGGGGAGCAGGGCAGCUGUGUGCCAUUGCUGCUGGAUCACGCGGAUGUGGUGAACUGUACCUCUAGUGGUCCGGGUCACAUGAAGUGCUCUAUCACCUGUCAGAGGGGGUUUGCCCUUCAGGCCAGCAAUGGGCAGUACCUCAGGCCCAUGCAGAAGGAAAUCCUGCUCACAUGUUCCUCUGGGCACUGGGACUGGGCUGUGAGCUGCCAGCCCCUUGACUGUGGUGUCCCCGAUGCAUCUCUGGUGAACUACGCGACCUUCUCCUGCUCAGAGGGAACCAACUUUCUGAAACGCUGCUCUAUCUCCUGUGUCCCACCAGCCAAGCUUCAAGGUCUGAGCCCGUGGCUGACCUGCCUUGAAGACGGGCUCUGGUCUCUCCCUGAAGCCUACUGCAAGUUGGAGUGUGAUGCUCCUCCUGUAAUCCCGAAUGCCAACCUGCUCCAGCCUCGCUGCCUCCAGGGCAACCACGACGUGGGCUCUACCUGCAGAUAUGAAUGCAAACCAGGCUACUACGUGCUGGGAAGCACCAAGAAUAAAGUCAAGAACAAGUCCCUGAAGAUCCAGUGCCUGGAGGGUGGAAUCUGGGAGCAAGGCAGCUGUGUCCCAGUGGUGUGUGAGCCCCCCUCCCCUGUCUUUGAAGGCAUGUAUGAAUGCACCAAUGGCUUUGAGCUCGACAGCCAGUGUUUGCUCAACUGUAACCAGGAAAGUAAAAGGCUUCCCAUCCUCUGCACAAAGGAGGGACUGUGGACUGAGGAGUUCAAGUUAUGUGAGAACCUGCAAGGGGAAUGCCCACCACCCACCUCGGAGCUGAAUUUUGUGGAGUACAAGUGUGAACAAGGAUAUGGGAUUGGUGCAGUGUGUUCCCCAUCGUGUGUCGUCCCCCCUAGUGAUCCUGUAAUCCUUCCUGAGAACGUCACUGCUGACACCCUGGAACACUGGAUGGAACCCGUCAGAGUACAGAGCAUCGUGUGCACUGGGAGGCGUCAGUGGCACCCGGACCCCGUCCUGAUCCACUGCAUCCAGUCCUGCGAGCCUUUCCAAGCAGAUGGUUGGUGUGACACCAUCAACAACCGGGCCUACUGCCACUACGAUGGGGGAGACUGCUGCUCUUCUACACUCUCCUCCAAGAAGGUCAUUCCAUUUGCUGCUGACUGUGAUCUGGAUGAAUGCACCUGCCGAGACCCCAAGGCUGAAGAAAACCAGUAACUGUAGGAUCAAGCCCCUCCUUCCACUGCCCUGGAGGCAGUAAGAAAGAGGGGCCUCCACAAAAGGAAAGAAAAGAUGAGUGAACAAGAAAGGGCAUAAAGUGAAGGAAGAAGAACAUGAAGGAUCUUAAAGCAAGAGGACAUUUAUAGGUGCCAACUAUUGUAUUAAGUAUCCCAAGUAAGGAAGAAUCAUAGGCAAAAGUUUCUUCAAAAAGGCAGUUGAUUUAAAAUGGAAAGAGAAAUAUGAUAGAUAUACAAGAGCCCUCCUCCCCCAUUUAUAUUCUAUCCAAUCCCACCCUCAGCUCUUGCCCUGCUCCCUACUCUGCACCCUGCCAACUAUUCAGCCCCACCCAACUUGUAAAACAAUACCAAAACACUAUAAGAGCAGUUGCCAGGGACACUCUGUUAAUACCCAUUUUGAAUGGAUUGCCAUCUUUCAGGGCUCAUCUAAUCAAAACUGGCUCUCUCCCUUUCUUUGUGUAGUCUCCCUUAGUAAUAAUGAGGUUAGUUAUUAAUUCUUUAUAAGUAUUUAAACAUAAUGAUAUAAAUAUAUUAUAUAUAUUAUAUUUUUUGCUGUCUACUAAGCUAAAAAUUAUCCAUUGUUCCACACAUGCUGCUGUGAAGUUCACAUCCAAAAUGAAUGCUGAGGGUUUGAGGACUGAGUUCUUCUACCAUCUUUCUAUUCAUAGGGAUUAGCAGGUUGAGAGAGAACUGGGGAAGCAAAGAGAGAGACUGGAUGGAGUUUUUGAUGAUCACAUGUCAGCUAAUCAUCUUUUUAUGAUCUGAGAGCUGGGCCCAGUUUGAGGAGAUGGGGGCUUGGAAUGAUAAUGCUAAGGGGCAUGGAAAUGUGGGUGGGGGUAUCCAUUGGUGAGGGGUCCAGGAAAACUAGACUACGAUUCUUGAGUAUCCAUCCAAAAAGUACUUCUCUUCACUUCUCAGAACUCGUCAUUGCAGUUGGUGAGGCCCAGGGUUUUUGCACUUCCACAGGUGCCUGUUCCAAGGGUGGAUCUUGGCCAGUCAACAAGUCUGUAUGCAGGCUCACUUUCCUGUCACCAGGAUUACAGGAACCCAUGCUUUCCACAUACUUGGUCUGUGGUCUCCCUUCUUCUAAGUCCCUGAGCCUAGCCAUCAUUCACAGCCAUGUGGCCACAUGACUUACUGGGGGAGAAAAUGUCAAGGAAAUGACAUGAGGGAAAGGUGAGAGUAGAUGGAAGAAUAGGCAGGGAUGAAGGAGCUGACAGAGGCCAUUCACAGGGUAGACACUGGGGUCAAUUAGAGCCCAGGACUGGAGGACAAAAUCAGUCAAGGAGACUCAAUUUUGUUUCAGGUCUCCACAGCACACCACAGGGGAUCCUCCGAACAAUGCAGAAUGGGAGAUAAAAUCUAUUCAAGUGCUUUGUGUCAAAUCUGUGUCCCAGAGAGCUCCCAUUGAGUGAGUUCUGAAAAUACAUGGAGCAAGGGUGACACUCUGUGGGGAGAGAGAAGAAUUUCAACUAUUUAGAGUCAGUUUUGUCAAUGUGAUCCUUUCUUGCUCAAUAGAUGGACAGUGUGUGAAGUGACCAUGUUAACCUGCCUCCGUCUACAGCCUGGGCUGACUCUUUCUGCAUGUGGUCUAUUGCAGCUGUUUUUUGGGGAGUAAUGAUGGAUAGAGUAGGCCUUGGAGAAAGAGAGUAAGGAGCUAGUUUCUUUUUCAACACCCCAGCUUAUCAUCUCAGGAAAGGAAGAACAGGCAAAUAUUCAAACGCAGCCUUGGUCUCUCUGGAUCACCUGCUCUUUGCCUCCAACCACAGUUUUCUACUCUUCCCAUCAACACUGAAGCCUUGGCUGUGCACAUAGAAACAAGGAAUUAUUAUCUUCCCCCUCCAUCUUGAGCCAGACUUCAUGUAGGAAAAGAACAACAUUCUGGAAUGGAAUAAAAAGAAGGGGAUAUACACAGAUUUAUCUAUGAGGAUCCAAAAGGAGGGUGGCAGAAUCAUGGGGGAAGGUAACGAGCCAGAGGCUGCCCGUCCGAAAUCCUCUUGUCCUCUGUAUUCCCAGCCAUAACAGAAACAAUAGUCUAGAUACCUACUCUUCCUUAUCUGGCUUCACAUUUAAUGCUCUCAAGAAGAGAAUAUUUAUUUCUGGGAUUCUGAUAGGCAUCCGUAUGGAAAAGGAGAGUAGACAAGUUUCAAUUCUUCAUUUUAAAACAGUUUUAAAAUCUAUCCAAAUUUCCUGAAACAUGUCAAACUCCAUACAGGGGAAUCCUGCCAUGUCUGAGGCUGAGGUAGCAGGGGAGUUAUCCUGGGCAUUGCCCAGCUCAAGAAGGUUACAGCCCCCAUUGCUACCCACCCCCACCAUGGGAAUGUGGAACCUGUGGUUCAUGAUGGUGUGGGUCUGGCCUCAGUCUCCCCACAGGAGUAACCAUGAGAACAUUUCUCUUUUGUACUUCAUUUUAAAACAAAUUUAGUCUCUGUUGGCAGCACCUGCUCUCCAUCACUGCCCUAGGAAGGUGAGAGGAGGGAUCUGGGGGGUGUGGAAAGCCUUUUAGACUACAGCCUGAGUCAGCCCUGGCCAUUCAGAAACAGCAGGUUCUUCCAGCCUUUUCCCCUGGAGUCUAGUGUUUUGAGCUCCUCCAGUCACAAUAAAGUUGAAGGUCUGAGAUGCCACAGUCACAGAUCCCCAGUGGAUGUCAGCUCACACUCAGUCCACAUGGUGGUCUGCAUUCUGCUGCUUCUCCCCAUUCAUGGGAUCACAGAGAGCCUCUCCCAGAGGCGCUUCCCUCCAUUUCCCUGUUCCAAAAUCACUUCUCAGCUUCCUCUUUUUCCUAGUGACUAGGAGCUCUGGGGUCCAGGUUGCCCAGGGCUGGAUGAUUCUGGCAAUUAGUAUGACAGCCUCCAACCAGAAAGAUGAGAGGACAGAGUGAGAACUGUCAGCUGGCAAACCUGUAUAUGAAAGUAAAGAGCUAUUCUUGAUUCUCUCCUCUUCUUCCCUCCAUUACAAGGCAUUGGGUUUGGCACGUCCUCUCCUCUGCGAGAUCACUAUUGAGUGCAUUGAUUAGCACUCCAAAGGGAUGGUUUGAUUGGGAACACAGUGAAAGGAGCUGAUCUACUGUAUUGUAAUGUAAAACAGCUACAGCCAGAUAUUUUGUAAGAUUAUAAGAUGUUCAUUAAAAAAAAAA